AUGAACAAGGCAGGUCAACUCCAAGAAGCCAAUGUAGGUGACAGCGGUUUCAGGAUGCAAUUAAAACCAAAGCUUGCUCCAAAUAGUCUACAAGAAAAAGAAACUCAAAUAUAUUUUGUUUCGAGCAAAGAACCAGGAAAUAUUUACUAUCGGCGCCCACUACCCACCCUGCUGCACAGCAAUACCUGCCACUAUCUUGCGCGAAUUCCCACCGAUGGACAAGCUUUCCAUCUGGAUAGUAAUAAAAAGGCUACUAUUGUCAGUAAGGACAAUGGCUCGGGAAGUAUGAGUAUACACGACGUAAUCGUCAAAAAAGUUUCCGCGAGGCCUCAUGCUGGAAGCAAACCUACAACAACUAACGAUUCUUCCGCGAGCAAUCUUCGGAAAAUCAUUUCAAAGGACCAUUUUAACCAGCAUUUAGGUGCCAACUGUGUAGAGGAAUGGAAGGAUGAGAAAAAAACAGCUCCAACAAUCAAAGAAACGGCCAGUUCAUCGUUAUCAUCCGACAAACGUAUUAAGAAAACGCCAUACGAAAGAAUAUUGGAGUGCCUGGACAGCAACUGGACAAAUACGCAAGAUGCAAAGUAUAAUUUCUUUGACUCCAGCAACACGCUUCGGCGUUAUGUGCUGCGUGAAACGCUAGGCACUGGAACCUUCUCAAAAGUACAACUAGCUACACACAUGAUGACCAAAGGUAGACCAUGCGACUCAAGGUUUUAUAUUUGUUUGAUAAAUGGCCCGUUUACAAUGCUAAACGUUUUUGAUUUCCAGUAAAUUAUUAAACGACCGCGCCUGAAAAAAUUUUGGCACCCAUACCUACCUGGAAAAGGAGGCGGGGUUAGUAUAUUUCUCACUGCAAGAAAAAGAAUCUUACAAUCAUUUUUGAGCAAGAGGCAGAACGUAGCAAGAAGCGUAGAAGGAGUUGGGUCAAGCUAUAUCAGUAAAUCCAAAGUAAAUAUUUUUAAAAUUGUCAAAGUAAAAUCAGUGGAGAUUUGCGUAAAAAUUAUCACCCUUUUAUAUAAUAAUCUCAUUUGUAAGAAUGACAUAACUUGUCUUAAAUACUCAGACUGUGAUGUGGUAGGUGGAUACCUUCGCCUAAAUGGGGGGCAAAAUCAAUAACUGUUAGUACCAGAUCUCAAUUUCACACUGACAGCGUUAAAACGGAAGACGGUCGUCCGAAAUACAUUUUAGUGCUAGAGCAUAAAAUAAGGGAAACUGCGAUUUCUUGACUCCAUCAUGUAUUUCUUUAUCCUCCUAUGUAAAUAUAAAACAUACUUUUAAUCUCGUUCUUGUGAACUGCUUUCGUGAACAGUCAGUCUUUGCUAAACUUAGCCGUACAUACAAGGCUUAUUCAUUGUUUCUUUCCAGUUUUGUCCAUACACGGUUAAUAAGAUCUUAAGGAAUCCUUCUCACAUACCUCGUUCGGAUAUUUUUAUGGUCUUUUAGAUGUCUAUUGGGCAUAUUCAAAGAAAUUCUUGCAAUUUUUGAGGGUGUCAUUUAGUUAUAUCCCCACCGCCCGUGUUGGUUGCCUUUUCAACUUUCGCUGCCCUGAUGUCAUGUCUUUUAUUAAACGGCCCGACGAUUUUUUAAGAACGUGCAUUUUCCAUACCUGGUCUCUUUUAGACUGAAGAACAUCGAAAGUAGUCAGUCAUUGCAUUCGGUUAGUGGUUUCAGUUUAGACUGAUUCUUCCUUAAUAUUACGAAGCGGGUUGAUUACUGAUAAAAUAGGUGCCAAGCACUCUUGCUCCGAUUAGUUUUGCACAAAUUAGAAUACAUCGAUCAGGCAACACGUAGUCAUCCGCGGGCAAGGAUAGGUUGUGUAACCCCACUGGGUUUGGAAUAUAUAAGCAAUUACUUUAUUUGUUUUAGCUGGCCUUGUUUUGUUUAUUAUUCCGUAGCUGCAGGAAGUCUCUCUUUGUGUGUUAUCUAACACUUUGAUAUAACUGCAUGCAUAGGGUUUUUUCAGUAUGACGUUUUAGCGAUAAUUAUUUGGCAUGAUGGUCUCGCUCCCCUUCCUCGUAAUCUCUUUGUCAUACCUUGAUUUCCUAGUUAUCCCAAUGUACUUGCAUUGCCUUCCGUUGUCGACUCCGUUUGCCAUGAUUUACUUAUUUCUUCCAGGAGAGUAGUUAAAACUUUUUGUGUCUUGUCGGUACUCACCAUACUGUACGUGCUACAAGGAUCGCCGAAUGCGUUUUGAUCUACCUUGCCUCGGUUAGAACACAGAUUUUCUGCUUCCUCGAUAUCUCUGAACGGUCCCUGUUGUCGAACGCGUACAUCUGACUUAUUUAUUUGUAUAACAGUACUUGUGUCUGAUGUCUCUCAUAAACAAUAUUAGGACAAUUAAAUUUAAUUGAGAGGUGAGAUUGCACAACCUACCGUUGCCCCUCUGGUUUAGAGAUUAGAGUGGGUGAUAAAAUCGUUAACGCUUGCUGGCAAGAUAAACAGCAUUUAUAGUGAUGGAUAAGUUCAGCGAACUGCACAAAUGAAAAAAUUUGUUUAUCUUCCAGAGAGUAAAAACGAAGGGGAAGAAGUCAAUAUGGCUUUUUACGGCAUGCAUUACUUACUUAUUUGCUCGGCAUUUUGGUUUUCUCUUCAGUGCCAGAUUGGUGGAUCAUGGGCCAAAAAUUACUAAUAAUUAUGAUAAAGUUAUUAAUGACAGUUUCAUCAUGCAUCGAUUCCUCUUCGAUUUGAUACAAGCGUAGAAGCGAAUAGGAAAGAUAGAUAGUCUAAAACAAUAAGAACCAAAGCUUUUCACAUCAUCUCAGUAGAUUACAUUAGUAUUUGGUUAAGUAUCCCAUGUUGCUGAUCUAAAGUUUACAAGAAAAGGAAUUAUAGACUUCUGUGUAACUUCUUGUUUCACAGCUGGUUUGAGUAACUGUCCCAGUCAACUGCUUUAAAAAGUAAUGAACAUUCGUGCGUGCCACAAAAGUAGUAAAAUGUGGCACGUCUCUUAGGUUAAUUUCAUUUCCUUGAAUUUCAUCAUUUACUCAGGAAUUAUGCGUCACUUAAACAACUGGUUCUACGCGUACUAAAACCAAAUUAUGCAAAGUAAGUAAACGGCAAGUUCACAUUGUGUGAAUUAAACUGCUACGUAAUUCUUAUAAUUCGUCAGUUUUGCCAAUUCGAGUGCGAAAUCAGCAGGGCUAAAUCAUGUACUUUUGUUUAAUCAAUCGACUAAAUACUUUCCAACACUUGCGUUGCAUUAGCGCCUUCGUUAUCAGUCAAAAGACAGAUAUUGAAAAGCCUUGACUAAGAGGACAUCCGGUUUGGAUCUUGAUGGUUUAUUCCAAAUGAAGUGACAUUUAAACACGAAUAGGAAGACUGAAGAUUGGACGAAUUAGUAAGCCGGGUAAAAAUUAAACGAAUUAAUCUCAAAAAUGACUAAUACGUUCUGACGGUUUGUCGAAACUAAUCUGAUUUUCGCUGGUUUGCUGCUGGUCGUAUCCUCAUUAACUGAAAGUAUGUCAGAUUUACCCUUUCCCAACCAGCAUACGUUGGGGUCUUCUGACUUUUACAAUCUGCUUAUACUUUUAAAAUAUCAGGUUUCGUAAGAUCAGCUACCAAUAUUCCAGACUUUUGCUUUUCCCUUCACAAGGUUAAAGCACUCACGCGUGUUCGUGGACUGUGUGAUUGGCUUGUUUAAGUCCAAUAGUUGUCGAUACUGAGAAAAUAAGUUGACGCAUACAGGCAUCACGUGUCAUUGUUUACUAUCAUCUGUCAUGGUGACACGUCGAGCCAUACUUAUGAAUUAUAAAGUCGAAUUUUAUUUCCACAAUUUCGCGAUUAAAGUGUAUAUCCCAAGCAAAUUAUUAUUCCAUAUCGGCAAACACUGAUCUUUAUGGAGUCUUCACUUUGAAUAGCACAGUUCUUUUUAACCAUAAGAAAUCCAAAUAAAUAACGGUGAAUGCCUUAAGGUAACCUACCGUGCAUAAUUAACACUGCUUAUAUCAAAAUUAUAUUUCAGUGAAAUUUUGAUGAAGCACAGUUAAUUAGAUGACCAGACAUGGCGUUUGCAAAGUAAUACCCACUUGCGUCACGUUGUACAACUUGUCAGCUUAAACAACAAAAUGGAAUUCGUUUGACAAGAAUAAUACAAAAAUAUUCAAGUAACUAAUCAAGAGAGUAUGCCAAUAUCAGCAAAUGCUAUUUGGCAAUUAAUAACUGCUCACAUCAGGCGUUUGGUGAAACUUACUAUAGCAAACCGUUUAAUUUUUAAAUACUUGUUGACCUCGACUAUGCUCUCGGAAAACGUGCUUACUGAACGAAAAAUAAACUGAAAAAUCCCGAGAAUGUUGAAGCUCGAGAAAAAGAAAUACAGAAAUGUAUGUCUGAAUGUUGAGUGCAGAAGUGUAUUAACUGUACACAGAAAAAUACUCAUUGAAUAAAGGAUUUUUCAAGCCAAAUGCGAAUUUUUCAUUCAUAAUAGCUAAAGAUCUCCUUAGUUCUAUAGGGCAGGGUUCGCCACCAAAUUUGAAAACCCCGCAUUUAUUCCCGAAGAACUUUCUUGGUUUGUAGUUUGGAAACCGUGAAUGCAAGUGUAACGGCAGUUCGAAUUCAAGAUAAAUCGGGAAUUGGAAAAGGUUUUAAAAGCCAAAUGAUAACCUUUUUAAGUAUAACAUUUGAAGAAGACAUACUUUUCUACCGAAUGGGUGCAUGAAUGAAUAUUUCAUGCAUGUUUUCCAUGAAAUAUAAUUGAAUUUUUAGGGGCAUCGAAAAUAAAUGAGAAAAUAUCGUGCUACUUAAGUAUUCAUUUUUUACUUAGCGUAGAUUCUGCUUGUGGCCAGAAAGAUGUUCGUUCGAAACUUGUCAUCCAGAGGUAUUUGAACUAUUAUAGAAUUAUGCUUUAUGAUGAUUACAUUUAAAACCCUUCUUAGGUAAUAUGUUAGAGACGAGAACGCAUUUCAGUAUUUCCGCUAACAUUUCAUGAGUUAGCACACCUACUGUAAAGUUUGUUGCCUUUCAAAAUAUCCCAUUUAUCUACCCCAUAUGCAUGCAUAUACACCAGGAUAAAAGUCGAAAGUUCGGUUUUCUGAAUGCUGAAUUCGUGUGUGUAGGAAGCGGCUACAUAGCCAGAGAAAUAAUCAAGGGCCCUCAGACAAGAACAACCCCCCACAAACUGGUGCGUAGCACUUCCAGCAGCCCAUCGAGUUAUCUGAAUGUAAGUCAGUGGAUGGAGCAUCAGACGCUAAAUUGGUCCAUACGUGACCUUAGAUAUGGAAGACCAUAAACUGGAUAAGCACGUAGUCGUACCAAAACCCAGAUGGGACGAAGGCAUAGACGUUAAUACUGUCGUUCCAACCACUACAUGGGCAGACAAGGAUAAGUGUGACCGGGGGCACAACCAAGAUUAGCAGUAGGUAGCGGCUAGGGUCAGAGCGAAUACAAAUAAUGGUCGUCAACGUCCGAACGCCGGCCGCCGACGAAAACAGCCCGCCACUCUCUCCUCUUCAUCGUGCCAACUAAGAUAAAUCUUACUAUUAACGGCGUGUUGGCGUGACCGUCACCCCGUAUAAAUACGGUGAAGAAUGGUAUAAAUCGCAUCAUCGACAGUAAAAGCCUUUAGUUUUGAAAAGUCAAGACAAUACAAUCAUUGUUCUCGAGGUUUCCUUUUCUUCUCCAUAUGUCCAUAGGCAUGUUUUUUCGCCUCUCCUAGCGAUGUGCAUAUGUAAAAAUGCAAUACUAAUCGUGAAUAUAUAUUGAGGAUCUGUGAAAAGACGUAGACGCUGGAAUAGAAACCUUUGAGUUGAUUAAAAUACAGUAAUGGCCACAGCGAACCCCAGAAUGGCAAGCAGAAACACAGAGCGUCUGAUAAAGCUUAGGGUCAUGCAAAUCGUCUAGGUUUUCGACGUCCGUCAGACAAUGACACAUCUCACUGUCACAAUGGCGCUGUCGGUUUCAAAUCAAAGACCUUUACCACAGACCCGACUUUAUUAUGACCAACGGAGACCCAGAUUUCAGUACUUCUGUUAAGCCUUCGUCGUAUCCUGAUAAAAGCUCUUUCGGCCACUGAGCGAUAUCUAUGCCAAUGUUACACAAAAUCUCGGUCACUUACAAGAGAGAAACAAAAACAUUCGUGGGUUUCUAAGACUUGUUGACAUACUCAUCAUACUUGCGACAAAAGCUUGUCCACUUUUGUUCUGUGCAAUUCGGACUCCCAUAGUAAGGCCAUGAUACCUCGCCAAGGGACCAAGCAGUCUUGGGAUAAAAUUAACUUUUUCGUUCCAGAAUAACAUCUAGGGAACGGUAAGCGAGAGUUUCUUGUCCUAAGAUGCCCUCUCCGACUCACAACCCUGCAGUCAGUGGUCUACAGAAGACUGCUGAAUAAGACAAAGAUCGUUCAUUUUGAUAGUACAGCACCGAAAGAGUUAUGCACGUACGUUGUAUUGGCAGAUGAACAGAGUGCAGCAAGCCUGCGACCACGACGCCAAACCUUAACAAAAUCAACUCGUUUGGAGCCGGCGAUAACCGUGGAUGUUCACCGGUUGGAAUGAAGAAGGUUAAUAAACGCAUCGCAGCAAAGUGUCCCGUACUCAAAAGACGUAUCGGAGAUCGUCACUGGAGUGCUGUUGCCACAUGAUGUUGGAUUUACUAACAACCGAGUUUUGGUAUCUCCCCGCCAUAUCAUACUUCAGAAAAACAAAACCUCUGAGAGAUAAAGGCUAUCUGUUUCCUACCAGACGAAAUGCCGCUACAGAGGAUGUAACCACGGUGGAGAAGGUGGCCGAUAGGCGAGAAUGUAUGGGCACCGAACAGUUGUGUGAACGUCGAAUUGUAGUCCAACGGUGACAAUGUAUGCUGUCCGAGAUGGCCAUAAACAGAGUUCGGCAAAACAAAGAUAGUGGGCUGAAACUCUAACCACCCAGUCCUUCAUUCCAAGCAAAUAUUGUUGUUAGUCACUCACUCGAAAACCUGAGUAUUAAUUACUCUACGGAAUCAACUAAAAAACGUCCAACCUCAUCAAGUGGCUGAGUGUUGAGCCUUUUCCUUUCAACCAUCAAGCGAACGUCCACAUAACCGACGGACUAUGAAAAAUAAAAGCUCUGUAGGCUGUGAAAACCCGAUGUACGUUUGGGUACUUCAAAUGUUGCAUGCAAACGACUUAUAAGGCAAUUGCCCAUGCAUUGUUACUUAUGUUCCGGUAAAUGUAAACAGCAUAUGUUGUCUGAGUAUUCAGGUACAAAAUAAACCUAUACCAGUCAUAGUUCUUUUUGUUUAUCUUUUUGAUCUCACAAUCAUAUAUACGCCGUCAUUACUUUAACCUUAGUUUUUAACCAUAGAGUUUCAGGUCUACUUGGUCCUAUUUUAUUUCGAUGGACUCAAACUUCUGAAUUUAGCUAAAUUCGGCCUCAGUUAUGUGCAAUCUCUGUCCGAAGGAAUAGCAACAUAUUUAUAACUAGCAUAAAGUGGACUUUAAAAGUUUAAUUUGAGUAAAAAAUAACCGUCAAAUUUGUUCUUAUUUUCCAGCAUUCGUUUAACAGCCUGAGACUUUUUCCCUCUUUAAAUUUCGCACACAUUCAUUUGGCAAAAAUAGUUUUACUGUCGAUCGCCUCCAGUGACCUUUCAACUUUUGAAAUAUAUGUCGUUGUCUAACAGUUUAGAACCAGAUUACUUAAUCCUAGUUUAUGAUAAUUAAAAACACUUUACAAAAAGACUUUCUCAUUUAGAAUUCGCUCAAGCAUAAUAAGGAACAGUAUGCAUCCAAACUUACAUAAAACUGGUUGUCAUUUAGAAAUGUGCGUUCAAGUAGGGAGGAAUUAUUGAUCGCUGUUAGAUUGUCGAUUCACAUUCAAAAGAACUGUAAUAUAUCCGUAAAUGUCAGGUUAUAUUCUUUUGGCUAAGCAUUUUGCAGUCAGCUGCGUAAAAUGCAUGCGGACAAGGUGACCAUUUAGGUCGUAUACACUUGGGCCCCAUAUUGUUGUGGUUAUAUGAAUUAAGUCGUAUCUACUAGAAACCACGUUCAGAAAAUCCGUUUUAUACUAAUUUUGCACGAAAACGUUUUUUAUAUAUUUCACGUUUAAAGGAGUUCGGGCUUUCAUCCUAGACACGGCCGUUAUUUUCAAACCAUUGAUUUAUAUAGCAUACAUUCAUUUGCAUCAUAACGACGUUAUGAGGCAACCUAGCGCUUCUUAACAAACACUCUCGAGUAUUGAAGAAGGAGACAUGAUCGCCUUUGAUGGCAUUGCUUUCUCGAUGGACACAAAUCGCUACACGAACGGGCAUCGUCAGUCUAUAAAGUCAUACAGUUGUAUUCGAGCAUUCAUAAUCUCCGAAAACAGUCUCCGGUGAAAAUCCGAAAGCUCAGACUACAGCUACUUCAGUUGCAAUGAUCAAAUAUUCUCAUUGUUUACAGCAAGAGCCUGCGACAUUCAACUUAGCCUCUAUUUAUAGAAGUUGGUGUAUGUACCGCGUGCCUAGGCCUGGCAGACAAAAGCCAUAGGUCUUGUACGAGGGGAACUACAUCACAAUAUUCUAAACAAAUUUACUAAGUGAAGUCCGAAACAUGUCCGACACAAGAUUUUCCGUUAUUCAUGGCAAAAUAGCAUAUGACAGUUAGACCGUAGCCCAUGGCGAUGUCCACUGUGUGUUCCACAGCAGGGUGAGGGCAGGGACGAUGAGUUAUGUGCGAAUCAGUUUGUAGUGAUGAUAGACUUGCAAAGCAUCAGCCGCACCCCCUCCUGCAGUCACAGACUUUCACGGUGUCAAGACAGAGUCAAGAAGACCGAAGGUGGGGAGAGAAUGCAGGUGGCUGGAGCGGCAGGAACUGCCACCUGGUGCGCCGUCGCACAUACAUGACAGGAAAACCACAGCAUUUUACGACAUCCACUAACGUCUUUUAUCGAGUUGAGCAUAUUAGACAUCUGUUUGCUGGAAUGCAUAUGCUGUGGAUGGUCAUGUCUGCUGUAUGUGCCUAAUGCACACGAAAGUGUUUGUUAUUUAUUUUGUUCUUGAUGAAAUUAAUUCAAAUUUAACGUUUUUGAAGGACCGAACAUGAAGACUUUGAAAGGUCCGAACGAUUUUAUCAAUGAAAAAAUCACUAAUCAAACGCAUUUCACCGGGCUGAAACUGUGAUAAUGGGUUCCGUAAACAUGAAACUCUUAGUGCUGCGACAAAAUCAGUAGGUCAAUCGAAAUUCCUGUAUUUGGCUGAUGUUUUCUAGAGAAACUUAAUGGCCGGCACGAACUUACAAUGUCCCCAGUUGAGCAAUAGUUUAUCGGAAAAAAUUUGUAGAUGAAAUUUUCUGCCCUAAAUGUGGACAUGUUACUAGAAUUUUAGUUAACAGAUGAAUCCAUAAUGCAGUUUGCGUUAACUUUCACCGACAUUACACUUUGGCCUCAAGAUAAAUUCAGAAAUGAUAAAGCAAGUAGGUUCAUUUGCCUUGGAGGCUUUGUCUUUUAAAGAAGGUUUAUUCUAAUUUGUUCAUCCGAAGGCAAAUUCGGGCACCUUGAUUUUGUAUCCUUCAUACAGUCGUUCGGCGAUUCUCCAAACAAUUGAUCUACUUUGCUGUUUCGGCAUUAUUUGAAGUUGCUAAAAAGACUGUAAUCCGACGGUUUUCUUCAUUUCUGUUUUAUCCUCUAUCUAAAUACAUGUCCGACCUGCCGAACUUUGUCAUUUUAUUCAUGAUUUGUAAACUAUAUCCUCGUAUUGCUUCUUUUUGUAACGUUAGUCCGGUAUCAUUAUACGGAAUGUGAUUGAUUAUGUGACUAAUGAAACAUCUAAGUAAAAGACUCGGUUGCAAGGCAUCAACCAGCAACUGUAUGUUAUAUAUUAGGUAAAAAAGCGGCGUUUCUCGAAAAACCAGCAAUUCGGUAGGUUUGUUUACAAAUUUAAAGACAUCCAGGAUAAUUAGCUGCCUGGACGCAGAUACAGAUGUCUCAUAAAGGUAAUUAUAAAAUGAUGUUCCGUAAAUGUAGGGUUGCUCGAUAAUAAUGCCACUGAUGCACUCAGAAUAGCAUUGUAGCAGUCCACCUGACACCUAGCUAAAACUCUUGAUUUAAAGUUCUUGCCUUCAGAAGAAGAAUAUGCAAUCGCUGGAAUAUGAGGUUUAUUGGUCUGGGUUCUUGGAUUCUGACUCGACCCCAUCAUCAGAGACAGUCGUAGAUAAGGAUGAUGGAGGCACAGGGGUGCAGCAUUUACAGACCGCAGUUUUGAGCAGUCCCAUCCCUAGUAUAAUUGAUAGCUCACACAUUCAUUGUUAGGGAUGGUAAAUGAUGUGAUGACUGCUUUUUCAUUUGGACCCGAGUCGUUAAUUAUCGAAAUGUGAUCGCCGUUGCGAAUUCUUGGCGUAAUAAUGACUCGGCAACUUGGUUCGCUGUCGCUGGAAUUGCCGGCCGUCCGAGCCCUCCCCGCAGGGCUAAUUACUGUGCUCAGGAAGUCCUAGGAUGGGAUACGUGGACGGGAGAACAUUACGUUUAUUGAUCAGCUGGGAUCAGAAAACCAUGGAUCAAAUAGCUCGCGACUCACGCGGUUGUGCUCCAGUAUUUAUGAUGUUAGUCGGAGUGCUCUCCGGCCUGUAUAACUAUAGGAAAAUUCGCAAAAAAUGAUAUUAUGGAAUAAAUUCAGUCGCUCCUUUUUGUCCAGUAGGUUUUUUAUCUCUCUGACCCUCAUAGUAGCUGCAAGACGAUGUCCACACCAGGCCCUUCGACAAUGCGUUCUGCUGCUUUUGAUCCUAUUUCAAAUUGUGGGCCUCUCUUUCCUCCUUUUCAUUCACGAGAGCGUGCGGAGGUGGCACUUCUUUCUUAAUUCAUCCCAAGAUUCCGUGUAGAUUUUAUUCAUGUUUCCGGUUCCCUAUGGUGCGUUUUUACCUUUUGCAUGGACACCUUACUCAGCCACGUUUGUGCAGCUUUAAAUUAUUGCUAUGAAAUCUGAGAACUUGGGUUGUGUUAGUUGCCUUCUGGUACACCGUGGAGCCUAAUUUCACGAUCGGUAUGCGUAUGACGAGGACAGCAGGGAAAGCCAACUGUCCGACCUUAUCUUUCACCCAUGCGAAUUGAAUAUUAAGGAUGUAGUUAAGCAGUUACCGAAAACAUGAUAACUUCACCCCGUCAAGUACAACGAACUUGUCGUGGCUCGUGACUCACGCGGUUGUCACCUCUCGCAAUACGUUGGACCUCGUUGAACCUGAAGAUGUGGCUGGGUCUUGAGGAAGUAGCCGCAACCUGGCAGCUGGCUUCAUUUCCCAUGGCUGCAGCCGCACGUUUGGUCAUUCGCCAAUUUUCACGAAGGUGUUUGCUUUAUCCAUAAGCAAAACAGAUUCAGUAAAGAUCUCCAGGCGUUUCCUCUCAUGGCAGUGAGUCUUUUGACUUCAUUUCUCGGCGUCUGGUGGUAGCUUCUGGUCUAUGUACAAUUCCAACUCCAAGUGGCGUAAACAGUCAACCGACGGUCUCCGAUAUGUUUUUUUUUAACUUGCGACAGCGUUCGCCAGUAUUUUGGACUGGCGCCGUCAGGUCGCUAGUGCCAUUCGCAUAUGCGCAUGCAAAGAUUCACUCUGAGCACCCGUCGGAAAGCUCUUCUUUCGACCUACUGCAAUGUCUCCCAGCAGACUGAUAUAGUACCCUUAUCCAUCACGUUUGUGACUGAUUGGGUGGUUGCCAGCGAAACUCCGUAUUUACGUCGCAUCCGUCGUUUUCCAAAACCCUGGUUUUUAGGUCACGGCAAUCAUCGCAGCUGACAUGGACAUCAAGGGGAGGCAAAUACUUGUUUUCCUCUCCCUCACUCGCAAACUGCAUGUUUUAAGAAGGACGGCGUUUGGGUGUUCUUCGAAUGCUCACACCUGAUCCCGUUCGAUGUGAAGGAUGCCUUAUUCACAUAUCGAGUACAGAAUUUGGAUGUUUGGCAUUGACGGACCGUGGAAAUUAAUGAAUACAUUGGCGUAACUUUAUUUACUAGUCAAGUGUUUUGUCGAACGUGGAGUAGAACUAGAGACAGGACUUCAAGAGGUGGAAGUUUUGGGAGUGGUUUGGGAUGAUUCUAUGUGUUGAUGCUGCCGACUAUGAGAUCAUGGUAAGGAAAAGCAAAUUGUCGCUCGAAAUCAUUAUCUACUAUGACCUCGUUUGUCUGGAGCUUCUCAAAAAUUGUACCGUUGAGUCAACACUUUGGCCUGGAUAUCUUGUGGUCUCCUGUCCAUGAAGUCUAUCAUUUUUAGGCAGUCAUCCUGCUAAGGAAUGAUUUCUUAUUGAAGCAAUCUACAGUACAUAGGAUGACUAUUAGAGCUUUUUCUUUAAAGUAUGGACGAGUUUGCAUGACCUUUGCUAUUUUUAACUGUAAACGUUUAAGAAACGUUGAUAAAGUUUGAUCCUGUAAAGAGACCAAAACCCAGCAAAGCAAAACUUCCUACCAUCUGAACUACCGUCUGAUGAAAGUUUAAAUCUUUGCCAAUCGAGUUAAUAUUCUGGAAAUUAAAUGCCACUUAAAACCACUCAUAUCUAUAAAGACCAACUUUAAAAUAUACUAUGGUUUAUUUACUAAAAUUUCACAUGCAAGUAAAAUAUUUACUAAAGAAGGGGAAUUGUUUAAAUUAAAGUGUCGCGGACAUGAAUCAACUGUUCGUUGCGUAGAUACAUUCAAAAACAGCACAUAUUAGUGACCUUCCUUUUCGAACAGAUAGAAGGCAAUGUCUGCAUGCAAAUGUAAAUAAAUCUGCGACACGUAGUUCAAGAGCGAAUGAAUAUUUCGGUUUUUGUAUCUGAAUAAAUUGCAAUGGGGCUGAUUUCAUAAGUUGUUACCCUCCAAAAGUCUCCAGACUUAAGCAGUACAGCAUGGAGUUUCCUAACCUAGUGUGUUAAGUAUCCAUCGCGUUCGUCGUAACAAAAGGCAAUUAUAAAGAAUUGCAUAUUGUUUUGUUAUAGAAACUCAUAAAAAAGUCUAAACCGUUACCUAGCUAUAUGGAAAGAAAGAAGCUACUUGGUGAUCCUUAGUAUUGCAUACGCGCAUUAACGCCUUACGCUGUCCUAGUAUUUUCGUUAUAUUUGUUUGGCUGCUUGGCGAGGACGAGGCAUUAUCUUAGUAAAUCAAAGAGGUGAAACAAGCGAUAGAUAAUUGCAAACUGCAUGUAUUUGAUAAUUAGCGAACUUCCUCGCAUGAUUAAAAUUAGAGAUUCCGUAGUUAUCGGCGAAAGCGCUCUUAAUGUUAGACUGUUUAACUAGUCUUGCCGAAUACCCCUAACCUGAAACUGGAAACUUACGCUAGCGAAUAAGUAGCUGUGGAAAGUUUAGUUAGGAGAAUCAGAGGUAAGCUAAUUUUUUAUUAAUUAAGCAGGCGUUUUAUUCGGGAACCUUGCAGAUUAACGUCAACUGAACUGGAGGCACUUUGUUUUUUUGAUUUAAAUUUUCUUAAUGAAAACUGCACAAUGUGAAUCAAACUAUGUCGUUAUUUUUAGAAAAUGUUGCCAUAAAAAUUAUUGACAAAACCAAAGUAGAUGCAGCGACGAGGCGCCUUAUCUCUCGGGAAAUGAUGGUUCUUGACAAACUUCACCAUCCAAAUAUAAUCAGGCUCUACGAGGUUAGUUCCCAGUCAUCAGUAGAUUUGCCUCUCCCAAAGUUAACGGUAUUUUAUUUAGCAACGUCUAUUGUCUCCUUUGAGCAAUUUUCUGGACAAUGCUGUCUGAUUCAAGUGGUCUUCUUAUAAAAGUUCUGAAUGUAAUCGUAAAUUAUCUUUCCAAUGCUGUGUUAAAACGCAUCUGAAUAUUGCAUUAUAAAUUUUAUCAUUCGCACAUUUUAAUAGAGGUCUUCGCAAAUGUUUUGAGAAUUUAAUGGAUCCAAUAAUAUCCUGCAAGUGUUCUAGCAACAUUGUGUACAGAAGCUGAGCCAAGAAUCCUUAACUCUACCGUUAAAUUGCUGGUUCCAGAAUGAGCCUUUAAAGCGUUUGCUUUACUUUGAACGGAGUUUUGUAAGACACCACAUACCAUGCUGUAAUUUAGAAAUUUUGGGUUUCCUACGUUUUUUGUCUUGCUUAUUUAACAGGCGUUGCAUCAACAACUUUUCUUGUAGGUUAUUAUGAGUUGACCGACUAUUUGAUUUGAUAUGUGCAAAUUUUUAAUGUGAUCUGAUACCCGUUAGCUAUAAGUUAAACCAACAACUAGGUCUGUGCUUUUACAUCAACUGCCAUAUUUUUCGAUAGGUAAUGGAAUCGGUUUCGAGGUUAAAUAUGGUUAUGGAAUACGCUGCUGGAGGCGAUUUAGAGACAAGACUUCAGAAAAGAGGCCCUUUUAGCGAGACAGAAGGCAAAAUUAUCUUUGCACAGCUAGUGGCAGCUGUCGAACACCUGGUAAGUCAAAUUAUAUAAAAAAUUAUUUGAGCAUGCACAGUGAAUAUUUGCAUGGGACGGGUAAAGUCCAGGGUUAAAAUGUACUUCAAAUUGCGUCAAACAGUAUUAAACUACAGAACAUAUGAGUACAUAUGCCAAACUAUAUUUCGAAGGAUGAUGUUUUAAGAAUGAAAUUUAUUGGUGGGAGAUGAUCAAAUGAGUCGAUGGUGCAUCUAUACCUACCAUUUACCCGACAAUGGAAAUGGGGAAUAUCCAAGGGCUAUAGAUUUAUGCUGUCGUCUUCUCUUCGUUGCUAAAUCUCACACUAUCCAUACUGCUUGCAGGAGAAACUGAACAUCAGAGAGCCGUCUAAAAGAACAUCCAUAUCACUGCAUCUUCCUUUGUUUUUAUAUGUCUUAUCAAGCAUGUGAUUAUCUGUUUAUUAGGUGUCCAUGUACGGGAACUAAUAAUCUGCAAAUGCUUCUGCCGUAACAGAAGACUAGUUAAAUGCCUUUUGUAAAUUUGCGAAUCUGAUAAUCAACAUAUUCGUUCAGAUUUUCAGCAAUAAAUAUACUUUUACGAAGAAUGGCUCAGGGAUUCUAUAACAAUCUUCUUGCUCCAACUGUGCGAAUAGUGAAAAAUGCAUUUGUAUUUAAAGGUCAGUGUAUUUCGUUAUUUGUAUUUGAUAGAAAGAGACGCACUUGGUCGAACUCUGUUCUAGCAUCUUUAAAAUGUCAGAAGGUUCAAACAGUAAAGUGCUUUUCCUAAGAAAUUGCUGAGAAGACCUUAAAACAGCAAGUGCUAUGCAAAAAAAACCUCAAAGCACAAAAUGAACCUGGAGUAUAUAAGUCAAACUUGAUGAGUUUGCCUUGAAAUGCCAUUCUGUGGGGAUAAGUAUAGAUUUCCUACACAUGGACUUUAAUAUGUUCAUUUUGAUUUGUUUCCGGCUUUUUUAAAUUUGACAGAUACAAAAUCUCGAGCGCUCGACAUAGCCUCUGAAUUAAUGUCCUUUUUAAAUAAAAGGAAUUGACGAAACACUCCAAUAAUUAAGUGAUGCAAAAACGAAAUUUGGCAGAGGAUACCCCCCUACAAUCAAUUUGUAAUUGCUUCCAUAUCGUCAGUUGCCCGUUCACUUCUGAUUGUCUAAAUGCAACGUUCGCAUACAAGUCCAUGCAUCCACCUCUCUGGGCUGCCUGGAACCUUCAGUAUGAUUUUAAUUUACAGAUAUAUCAGCAAGGACUUCACAAAAAGAUGAGUACUCUCUACUAGCCAAAGUGCAACUCAAUCCGAAAACUCAGGGAGCAUCUAUUAUAUAUUAUUAUGUCGGUUAUUUGGUCGCAUCUGUAUUAUUAAUAUAGGCAUGUGAAUAUUUUUUAAGUAAAAAACGCCUGGAGAUCGUUGAGCGCAACCAGCAGCCUCAAAAAAGUAACAAAGCAUAAAACAGCCGUAUUUAUGAUUACCGAACUUAGGGCUUAAUAGUUCACCUAAAAAAUGAAAAAGAUUCUAGGAAGAUGACGUGAAACUAAAAUUAGGUAAACACUUACUUCCGUGUUACAACAUUUAUUCAGUUGCCAAAAUAAAUGGAAUCUAUAGAGUCAGUGUACGUUAAACCAAAAGUCGUCGGCACGUCUAGUCUGGGGUAUCGUGUGGUUAUCACAGACAGAUACCAGAUAUUCAUAUGUCAAUCAUUCUACCAGAUCUUUCUAAAUAUUUAAUUGUAUCAUGUUGAUCGAAUACGCUGUUGUUAAUUUUAUCUUUAUUAACAUGGGAGAACUUUCUCAUCUAACCAAGACGAAUUUACAAAAAAUACAUGGAUUCAUUUCGACAAAAUCUUCUAGUGGAAACCAUUAAUUGGACAACUAACAAGGGAGAACUAGUUGCAUUUGAAUAAAUAAGUGUUAUACAGUCCUUUAAUGUAAUGUUUUGAAAACUUUAAAGUUCGUGAUUGAGAGACUAGGAGUGAAAGAAAAUGGGGUUUUUCUAUUUCUCACAGGGCAAAUUUUGUCGUCCACAGUUCAGCGGACAUGGACGCCGCAGCAAAUUUCGACUUUGCCUAAUGACCCACAUUUCCUAGUUGUGCCCCUCCUUUAUUACCCACGGUCCACUACUAAGGAUGUUCCAGUAAAUGAGAUUUGACCGUUAAUUGGGAGGCGCUAUAUGCUCUAUUCGAAAUAAGAAACACUGAACCUGUGCAUGGCGCAUGAAUGAGGGGAAAGUGAAUGGUUGUGACUCUGGGAAACGCAUCCACAUUACACUUCAGCGUUUUCCUCACUAUAAUAAAUCUGGCGCCCCUUGAGAUUAUCGAGGCGCUCAAAACACCGUGGCAUAAAAAGCUGCCAACUGGCAGGAUAUCUUGGCCCUCGCGGUCGAUACUGUAUGUAUGCGAGUUGUGUGGGGUGAGUUGUUCAUGGACUGAGAGUCUGGUUGCGAUGGCUCCCUCUGAAUGUGACGUUUAUGACACUCAUAUGCACGUGGGAUCCGAGACUUAAUUUUCUGUGAAAAUCUCGUCCCCCGUGCAGAGACUAGGCUGUGUAUGGUACGUGUAGUCGGAGUGUUCAGUUUUGAAACAACCGUGCCCGGGCCCGCCACAGGUCGCCCUGACACCAAGCCCAGCUGACUGAGGGAGGAGAACUUGCGACAAAUACCAUGUAAAUACGUAAUUGCACUUUAAACUAGUUCUCGCGGACGUCAUCAUCCUGCGAACACAAUGCCAUGGAACGCUUGGUGAGCGGCGUCGUCUGGGAAGAUCAGAGUGAGGUAAUUUAAUGAAGCGAAGAGCAUUGAUUUGAAUGAAUAGGCACUUGAAUAACGCAGACGAGCCUAGGGGCCCAAUCUAGAGCGCCACAUGCAGCCGUGCUUUAACUAGUAGUUUGAGCAAAAGGGCAUUAACGACAAAGGCAAGGGAGAUUAGAAUAACCGCUUCCGGCCUACUAGCCGUCAUCAGUAAGCCGUAAUCAAACCCAUGUUUACAAUCCCUGCCGCUCGAACUAGCGUUCUACUGGCUGUGAAUGUAAUGUUGUUAUUAAUGUUUUUGGAAAUUCGCAAUCGCAGCCGACCAGGAUGACAAGUCUAUAGGCAAUGUCCAGAGCAUUGUGCUCCUAACUAGCAAAAUGCACGCCCGCACCUCGAUGUUUUCGAACUUACUGUCGAUUAUGGCUGGCUGAUGUCGGUUACCAAGCCAGAGAUGGUCACUCCUGUUCUCCUUGUCUUCGUUGGUAGUGUCCUUUCGCUUAACACCUUUAAUGCCUUAACGAAUUCCUUCGUUAUUUCUGGCACUUCCGUUGCUUUGUUUUGUUGUACUUGACUGUACUGUCAUUCAUCUCGAUGCAUACCGGGCUAGCCGCCAAAUAUGCAGGUAAAUUUACAAUUCUUAUCUUAAGAUAACUGGAAAUCAUACGCUACGGUCCCACCAUAGUUUAGUCAUGUGUAGCAUUACGUUGAUGCCUAUAUUUAGAAAUCCACGAACACUGUAUGUGCAGAUGUCCAUGAAACCUGCAACCAAACAUUUUAAUAUGAUUCCACACAAGAUAUUAGUUGACUGGCAUUUAUGCAUUCACUAGUUAGAAAAAUAAGGGUAGUUGUAUUUUGCUGUGGCAGCCUGUAAAUCGCACAUCUCCUUUGUCUAACUCAAUCGCAUUAAACUGUAUGGCAUAUUCUUCACAUUACGUUCGUUAAAGUUACAUGAAUGUUGGCGCAUAUCUUAGAUGGUAAUGCUGUAAAUUAUUUGUUAUGACAGGGGAUUUUUACUCUCCGCGCACUGCUUAGUACCAUAACGCGAACGAUAAAUAUGAGACAUGUUGAUGAGCAUUUUCUAAAACAUGGGUGUGUGUCUUCUUAUGGGAGAUAAAAAAUGGCCUAGGUUCUAGGCACCUGUAAAACAAGGUUGACGCCCAGACCCACUGCUAACGCCCAAAAAUAAUUGUUGUUUUAUAGAAAAUGUCGUUAAAUAUCUCCUCUUUUCUAUCCAAGAACUGUUUGUCUCUCCAUUUUACUGUGGUUUUCGUAUCCGAAUUUUGGCGAUGGUAUCAUAAAAAUCCAACUAUUUUUGGAUAAAAAGAAAAGCAAUACUUUGUAGUCACCUCAGCAAUAAGUGACUGAAAAAAAGGUUAGUUACUGACAACGAAAUUAAAUUAAACAUUUGUAAGUUUGCGUGAUUUCGAAAAAUCCGUUGAUCUUCUUGGAUUAAUUUUGUGAAAUAACGUAAGGUUGAAAAGCCCAUUCCCAUACGGAAUUAAAAUCCGGAACAAAAAUUCCUGUAAUUUGAUUUAAACAAGGUUUGCAUAUUUUCAAAGUAAAUUCAGAGCGGUAUUUCGAAAAUUCUCGUUUAUAAUCACAAGGAAACAAGCGUGACCAUCUCUGAAUUUGUCGUCAUCUACUAGCAGACGGUGCGCACAUGUGAUUUUCGCAUAUCUAACAAAACAUUGACACAUUUCCUUUCAAAGACGAUAAGGGAAACUGACGAGAGUGUUUAUAAACCAUACAUAUCUUUUCACUUUAAUGGGCCAUUCACAAAACAUUAAGUGUGAUUUUCGUGUUGCUUUGUACAGGGCGUUUUUACACAACAAUCCGCUUUUGUGGGGUAUUGUUUUAACUAGGGCAGAGGGCCAAUCGAGUAACACAACCUGCUUUUAUUCGUCCGAACUUCCGAGCUCAUCCAUUGCCCGGUAUAAAAGCAACAACGAAACAGGUGACGGUUGUAGGGGGCAUUUUGUUAAUCAACGGUCAGGGACUGUGAUAUGCAAGUGGCUGCGAAGGGCUCUAUGUACCAGUACCAGAUCGACACACCAAUUGACUGGGUUCCACACGGUGGUUCGGGCCUCAAUAAAUUCUCGGUUCGUCUAGUUUCCGGUGGUAUGAUUAUCUUGGGGGCUGAGAAGUUAAACUAGUGGCUCGUCUCAAAGACGUUGGCAGCCACUUGGAAUAAUUCCCCAACUUAUCGUAAAAUCAGUUUAUUUUUUGUAUGCGCGAUUCGAACAUGCGUUCGGCCUGACCCCUUUAGGCACUGAUUACAAUUUAUUGAGCCUGACUGCUCGUUGGGAUUUAAUAGGUCUUUGAUUUUAAGGGUAGAUUAGGACCGGGUGCAAUUUCAACACCCAGUUCCGCGACAAUGCGCUCGAUCGCCUCUGGAAGUCUUCAAUGUAUGUAGAGUCGUGCCAUACCAUUGAUUAUGUUCCCGGCAAGACCAUCUGUAGAUGAACACGUGGACAUCGGGUUGUAAACGCCGUCAGACAGCCAUUCUGUACAAAUUAACUCGAAGACGUUAGGCUUCACGUGUUCCUUCUGCUGGAUAUGUUUGAGGUCUGUUUUUAAACCAAGUUUUGUACAACAAACUGAACUGUUGCUAUGACAUAUAUGAAGCCGCGUUAUAUUUGUUUCCUUCCUGUAAAACUUGGCCUCUAUUUCACCAUUGAGAUUUCGCCUACCAAGCACAUCUAGGAAGGACAGCCGCUUAGCUUUUUAAUUUUUUUGCAAAUUAUAUAACUGGGAAGAUUGAGCUUAGCAGACUUUGGAACUGUCACGGCGUGUGUUUUCGGAUGAUAAAAAAAGUGUCAUCAACGUAAUGAGUUCAAGAUAUCAACUCCUGUUGGAUGUAGGCAGUCUUUUCUAACUCCUGUAGGACCAGUUCUUCCAUUAACCCGAAAAUCGGGAUCUCGUUGGAGUCCCUCAGAUUUGGUUACGUGUUUCUCUCUCAAACGCAAAGCACGUUUUUUCGUCAAAAUUCGAAUAGCCUCAUGAGACAUUCAAUUUUAAGACAAACCGAGAAUGUAUUAGAGUAUUUACCGCCGACGAACACCGGUGUACAGUGCCCUGCGCAACCAUCUAUACAUCAGAGUCACGGAUCCUUGACUAAUAUAUAUAGCCUUCAACCGUCGCCCGUUUUGUUGCUAUUUUAUGUCGGACGGUGGAUGAGUUCGGAAGCUCAGACAAAUAAAUGCUGAUCCCGGCGCUCGACUUGUCUUUUUGCUUGUUGGUACAUCUGGAAUUUGUAAAUCUUCAUCCAUUAGGUCCCACUUUCUAAUUGCAUGAGCAUUAUGUAUUAUUACCCAUAAUAUUGGAGACCAAAUGAUUUUCUUCACUGUUUCAUUAUUGUACAGAUUGUCUCAACAUUAUUAAUUGAGACUUUUUUCUAUAAAGAAAGAGGCUUUGGGCGCGAAAAUCUGAGCUAUCCAAAUAUGAAGGGAAACCUACUUUAGUAUUUGCUAAGGUUUUCAGAUUUUGCCUGUGAAAAAAUAGACAUGUUUCUGUAAUUAAAUAGAAUAUGUUAUUGUUACAGAUAAAUCAGUGGUGAACAACUUGUGAAUCGAUAAUGUAGAUUUGAAAAAACCUUCUAGAUAGAUAUGUGCUAUUUGGUGAUCUGCGCAUAAGAUUCAUGACCUUAUACACUGCGUGAACGUAUGCAAAUCACGUUUUGAAUACUGGAAAAAAUGGUUGUAGUGUAAGUGCGUUUUUUCGUUUUCUUCUGAUCCUGUUAACUAGAGCGUAGCUUCUGGCAAGAAAGCCCACACAAGUUACGUCGUUCUGUGAAAUCAUAAACACCCGUCUAGGGAGAUGUUUCAAUGCAAAAAAUGUUUACUGCUUUCUCGACUUAAUUCAACAGAGCCUGCACGCCCUUGCCUAUCCGCUCGCCAUAGUUCAUUUUACGCGCUUUUAUGGAAAUUUCUUUCAAUUGCUUUUUACGGGUUUUUCCUUGGAUCCUACUUUAUGUCUAUAAUAAACCGUCCAAAUUGGAACAAUUUUGCACACAUUAUUAAGAGUAUUUUCAGGUUUACCCAUGGACUGCAUGAAAAAUAACGUGGACGGUACCAGAGGUCCCUUGGAUAAAACGUUUUUCAAUAAUAAAGCUACAUCACUAACCUAUAUGAUAUUUAAAUAAAACAUACAUCUUGGUUGUCGAGCUCGAAGUGUAGGGUAGUGUGAAGUGAUCGUGAAAGGAAACGCACGCUUCGUAAACGGGCGACGGCAGAAUGUGCAUGUGCCAACCAAGCAUUCUUCGAUGUCAUUUAUCCUACAUGUGACUAAGUGGGUGUUUGCAGUCACGGGAUUUCGAUCACCUUCAAGGUUAUGGGUCAGUACCAGGGACCGGUGCUAGCGAUGCCAACUGACCCACGGAUAAACCAGCUUUGUAGACGUUCGAUGACUAUGGUCUGUGCAUUCUGGAUGAACUAACUAAAAGAUAGUGCCUUCAAAAAUACCAGAUUUCUGCUCAGCAAGAAUACCACCCAUCCAGACCACCUAAACGCUCAGAUGUAUCUUUCUGACAACAGCAAAAACUUACUGUUGAAAAGAAUAAGUGUGUGGUAUAGGAAACAGUGCCAAGUGAUUUCUCGAAAAAUAUGCCAAAAAACUGUUUGUGUCCCUUCUAUGAUAAACUAAAAUGGGUCACAUUGGCCCAGUCCUUAAUUUCUGUCGUGUAUGGGCGUGGACUGAUGUCGUGUUAACAACAACGUCCGAAAUCAUCAACAGUCAGUCGAGGAGUUUGAAUGGAGCGUUAUUGUGUGAGAGGGGAAAGGACGAGCAGGGCCGAUAAGCUAAGUCGGUCCUUUUGUGAAAAAAUUCAGGAGAAGAGGCCUCAUUCUCAUUCUGGUCUUACUGUUAGCUUGAAACGGAGUCCGCUUGUAUCACGCGUCAGAUAACAGCUAAGCACUGCACCAAAUCAUUUCAUGAUCGGGCUCUGCUAGAUGGGAUGGAGAGUAGUCUGACAUCAGUCUACCUCGGAUCUGGCGUUUAAUCAAACGCUCCACGAUCGCAAUGUUUGGGACAACUCAGUCUUACACAGUGUCAAGGAACAACUUGCGAUAUUUUUUCCUAACGUUGUUUUCGCGACACUUACAUUUAUGUGAGACAUAAAAUUUUAUCGCUGAAACCCGAUUUGCUUGCAGCUAGGUAUGAGGUCAUACAAGAGACUUGUUGAUACGUUGUCUAGUUUUGCAAAGCCCUGCACCCAUUACAUCUGCAUCAAUCGUUAACUUGCCUUGCAACUGAAAGAGCAUGUGUGGGGAUCGCGAUUUAGAUGGAUGCUGGCAAACAAAUGUCCCUCUGUAAGAACAUUCUCAUCGCAACAAUGAUGCACCUCGUCAUUACGAUGGUCAAACGAUCAGGACAGUACGCAGGGAGGUUAAAAUGAGGGAUGGAUAUACGCUAAUGCAUGUGCAGAGAGCGAUUCCAGGGUCAAAUGACCCUUUUGAACAUAUCUGCUCUACCUUACGAGCCGACCGGCAAAUAGCCAAUCCUACAUGAGAACACUGUAGUCUUCGGAGAGGGAAUAGAGCUGGUUGCUAGAUUUAUCUUGCCUGAAAACCAUCCACCAACUUGGAACCUGCAAACUAUUAGUUUGGGUCAACUUGAUGAAUGUAAAUCGUCUGCUAGAAGUCAAAAUGGGCUGCCUUUUUCUAUCCCACAAUGUGCGCCAAUAGCUAUGCCUGCAUAUUCGCAUUUCUAGGGGAUGUGACCGUAGUGCAAUGGUUAUAGCGUUGCACGGUUACAUAUCUACUCGGGUUCAAGGCGCGUGCGCGCUGGUACCCAUAGCGAAUGAACACUGGCUGAUAGCGGCAAUAAAGUCGGAACUCAACACUACUGGGUCAAUAUUUUAGUUUCACAUUCCUUGAUUAAUGACUAUCGUCGCCAUUUGUAGCCUGCGUGCACUGUACAACUUCAGUCGAAAGUCAACGUCCAACGACCAUUUCCAUCCCGCAAUCAAGACAAAGCAAUGCACAUCACUCUCAUGCAUCCAAAUCUUUCUCUUUUGUAUCUAUUUAAGAUUAAGUCGUACAGCUGAAGUCAGCAAGUUGCUCAAAGCCACACAGACUCACGUUGGAAUGUCGUAUCCGCCAGUAUCUUUGGUUGGAUAUCAUUAGCCUAUCGAUGCAAAUAGUCAGGAAAUGGUAGUCUCAGAGUCUCUGUAUUUGUUGGUGACAUUUUUUCUAUCACUGAUCACAGUCACCGUGGAAUUGCCAACGGAAACCUAUGCCCCUAUUUCGAGGCAAAACAAAAUCCUCAUUUUUCUUCUGAAAAUAGGAUGGAUCGGUGCACAUCACCAUCAUCUGAUUGGGCCUGCCGGAUUGCAACACUUUGGCAAAAACCGGUAGUAUGGGAUUUGCGGCGUUGAGGGUGCUGUCAAAACACCUGAAUUUGCUUUACAACUGGCUGAUGAUGAUGAAUAGGCUAGAAAUAGACAUCCCUCAUCGGCGACAAACAUCCAACCAUUACUGAGUAUAUUCGCAUUGCCACCGCUCCCAUGCGUUGAAGAUACGGAGAUCCGAGGCUGGAAGAAGUCUGUGCACGCCACUGCCACAAAAUUGGAUAUUUUUAAUUUUAGCUGAUAUGAUUAGAGUCCACAAUUUAGUGAGUAGGAUGGUACUUCAAAACCCUAAAAUUUAUUGUCGGAGCUCAGGUAUGUGAAUGAAGUGGUGGACCUAAAAAAUCUUAUUGGAAACGAUCGUUUGAACGCAGCCACCUUGCGGCCGUUUAAGUGGUUUAUGAGUUCCACUCACCAAUCAUAGUGAAAGACCAAUUUUUGCGCAAUCAUGAUAGAGCAAUGAAUGCAAGUGUCAUGGGAAUACAUAUUCCUGAACAAAACUAUUUAUUUGAGUCAAAUGUUAUUGUACUAUGGUCUUUUCCCCUCUUAUUCAUAAGCCUAUUGGACGAUUCUUUCGGGUAGAGUAAUUCAACAAUAAUACAUAUCACUAGGUUAUUUGGUAUAGACUGUGCAAUGAGAAUAUUCCAUGCAUAGCCACAAAAUAAAAAUAUCUCAACUUCGAGUUUUAAAAACUCCACUUUGCCAUAGGCAAGCGCGUAUUGUAAUUUACAACUUUAAAGAAACCAAUUCAAAGCCUAAUUAUCUGAUGAAUAGCUGUUAAUGCAUAUUUUCGUUGCAAUAAGCUUGCAAGUGAAUGAAGAGUUUGCGCAUUCAUUUAAAUAUGCACAUCUACGAGCGGUAACUGUCGCCUGUCUUCUUAAAUUUCAAGAGCUCUCUUUGAAGGUUACUCAACUAAAUGGAUCAAAGUUCAUGAAGUGGGUGAUUUAGGUGUUAUGAAGAUGAAUUAUUUUGGAAUAGGUCAUAGAUAAGCUCUGAGUUUGAUGCUGGACGAAGUUGGUCAUUAAGGGAAAACAGUUGAGCUUCUCUUAACAGAUGCACCAAAAUAGCAUCCGCAUACUAAGUAUCACCAUGUUAGACAGAAGACCACAAACGAGCUAGGGGAUUGUUGACCGCCGCAAUGACACAGUAACAAGCUGCUUUGCUAUCCCACGGUUUAAGCAGCGUGUUUCGUAGAUGGUUUCAUAUCACUCAUUCUGGACUCCAGAGACUGUUCAAAACCUCUGGUAAAGUGGUUAUAUUUUCUGGCGCUUAGACUUCCAACUUUAAGGAAUGACGGUCUCCGUACACAUUUGUUCAACUUGUGGGGCAAUUUUACUAAUGACUUUAACGUUAACCGUAAGUACCAGUAUAGUAAAUGCUGCCAACUGGAAACCAUAGUCAUAAAAAGCGAACGAUUUUUUGUGGGCGCUUAAUUUACUUAAAGUCGUAAAGAUUUUGCAAGGAAGCAAACAAAAACGGGCCUUCUGCGUAAUUUUGUGUGUACUUUGAAUUGACGCCUGUUUCAUAUGAGAACUCAAGCAGUCGCUAUUUUCAUUGUUAUUAUUUUGUAGAUAUCGUUGCAUUUACAGAUAGUUUCAUGUCAACAAACAUAUAAUGUGACAACAUGGAAAUAAACGCGUAACAUAAAAUAACUUACAAUCGACGGUCAGAUGCAAAACUUGGAUAAAACAACUUACAGGUUUAAACGAUAAUUUAGGGCGUUUUUUGAAAUUUUAGUUACAAGAACUCCUACGCGACAAUUUAGAAGACCACUUGACGAACAUACGCGUGUCUAUUCAUACAAGCUGGAUCUGUGGGUAGGGUGGGAAGGAGGCAGUAAGCGGCUAGCAAAUUAGACCAUCUCCAUGUGCAUUUACUCGUUUACUUGCUUCCAUGGAGCAGGUUAUAUUGGCCCAACGAGUCGGCACCUACCCACCAGAAUACGAGAACACCUGCCAUAAAGGCUAGGGAAAGGUGAAGUUAAAUGUACACAGCUCCCUCCUCGCACACUUGGUUAAUUCUGGGCGUCGAGUGGACCCCAAAAAAGCCUUCCGUGUGAUUUACAAGAUCCCACCUAACUUAUCUAAGCAACUGAGUCAGCGCCUACUAGCAACAGCAGAAGCGACUGCCAGUACGCUACGGAGGCCGGUCCUGUGCGCGCGGAAGAACCUCUUGCACGUUCCGCGUCUACGUUGACCGAAGAUCGAUCGAUUGCAUGCAUGUCUCCUCGCCCUCGGUCCCCCACUUCCCCGUGACACGGCUCUACCGAACCCUUACUGCCACUUACUGCAUCCUUCCUUCACCCUAUUCACACACCCCGCAUGUAUAAAAAGACGAACCGCAGUCAGUCUCUCUUAUCGCUCACACGUUUUACUUUGUGCAUUGUUCACAUGUAUGCAACGGAAGAAAAGUUCUCUCUUUAAACACAAAAUGAUAUGUUUACGAUCAUGCCUGUCAGUUCUAUUUAGAUUUAUUAGACACCGACCGGCCUCAUGCAUGUCACCUUAUGAAAACUUUUGAUCAUGCAACGUCCCCAUCGGCUAACUCAAACAAUAUCCAGCUUCUUUUGUUGGACCCCAUCUCAUUUAACUCCACAUAGUCAAGGAAAACACGAAACACCGGAAAACUGUUUUGGAAUCCAUACUCAGAAUGUAGGCAGUUGACAAACCGUCACAUAUGAAAUCACACUACUUAUUAAACGAUAUUUAGGUGUAAACGUCACUAUAACACUGCUAUUAGACGUUAUUUUAUGUCUUCUUUCAUAAUUACUACGUUUUUGGUAUGAGAAUACAUCAUAUACAUCUAAAAACGAAUUUUACUUAAUUAAAGCCAUUGUUGCCGUUUUCGGGAUAUUGCGCUUUUCAAAAUAAAUCGGCAUUUCUUAACAACGCAACACUGCCUAUAGUAUUUCUUUUAUGUUUUUAAUUCUUUUAAACUUGUACUUAAUUUACAUAGAAGCUGGAAUCAUGAUAUGGUGUCGGUUUGCGAUUGAUUGGCAAUCAUUCGUAAAUUUCGAUACAUUUCAUGAGUAAGGCCACGAACUGUAAAUGGACUUGUCUGAUAAGAAUUUAUUGAAAGAACGCGUAUGCUCGCCAUAUGGUCAUUUUUAAGUUGGCCACUUUUAUCCUCUUAGAAAAAAACAUUUGGGCUUAUUCUAUUCAGGGGGGGUCUGGCUCUAAAUUCUAUUUCAAACUAAUGGACAAACGUAUUUAUUUUCUUUGGCUCUAUGCACGUUCUGAUAGUCGCACAUCUUUAUUCUUGAACAUCAGUAAAGAGCAUUCUGAUGUGACUAAGAGAAACCAAAUUACAUAGACAUUCGAUCAAAAUCCAUUAAUUGAUAUAUGAGGCAGCAUUCUAAAUAUGCUGAAACUCAUCGGUAUUUUAUAUACAAAAUGCUGGAGUGAGAAAGGCUUUCUGUUGCCACGUUUACCUUAUUAUGUCAGGAAGGCAGGAUUAGUUUUCCCAAAUAUUUUUCAUAAUUGCAGAAAUUUUUAAUAAAAUGGAAAACAAGGUGGACCAACAUUCAAAAUUGCUUAUCGUAGGCAAAAAACUCAAUAACAGUUUUUGAAUAUGUAUCGGUAAUGUCCGUUACAGUGAUUUCGGCUUUCUGUAAUUGGUACGGCAUUUAUGCCUCUUAAAUAAACUUUUCUGACUUUCACUGGCUUAUACUAGUAACCGUAGAUUACUUUCACAAAAUGUCGCAUUUUGCGUCUGGAUUAGAUCUUUUACAUGCUUUAGUGGUUACUUUACAAUGUGGUUCACGUUCAAGAUUUUUCUUCAUAAGCAUGAAAGAAAAAUUGCUCACCGUGACAUAAAGGCCGAAAACGUCUUCUUCGCUGUUCGCUCGUCGGUGACUGACUCUUAUGAAGAUAUAGCGAAGUCGGGAUCCCUACAAAAGAGGGAAUAUGCUGGAAGUGACGCACAAAUAAAGAUUUUGGGUGAAUGUAGAGUGGCGAGAAAGCGUCUGCAGAAUUGUUCUUCGCUGGAUUUGUCAGGUAAUUUCCAAUGGUUACAUCGCUAUAUGCUUCUCGCUAAAACACGCCGCUAAAAUAACCUAUUUUUUGAAAACUUCUAUAGCUUAAUAGGGUGAAACUGAGGGAUCUUUAAAAAUUCGUGGAAAGAUGUAACUAUUUAAAUUCGAUGUUUUUUGUUUGUAAUAUAUUUAAAUGCAUUUCUUAGGAAUGCUCGUUACUCCUUACUAUACUGACUAGUUAUGCCUAAGUUUACUUUUUGAAUGGCUGCCUAUAUUUAAAAAUUCCCCCAUCAGUACGUUUCGAAUGCCAGGGUCAACAUUCUACUUUGUAUGCACCAGUAUGAAGUAGAAACAAUGCCAUUAUCCAUCGUUUACACGAAACCAUGUCUUUGAUGUGUUGAAGUUGGACUUACGAUCUCUUGAUAGGGUAAAGUAGCAAGAAUACACCUUAAGCAAAUAUUUAUUUGCCCUUGCAUCUUCAUCUGAGAACACACUUCUGGUGAGAGUAUUUGGCUAUAUCAAAAGCGGUUGGUGAGUACUACUUGCAGUAAACAAAUAAUCAAAAUUUUCUUGCUGAAAAGUUGCAUAAGCUCCUUCGGUCAGUUUAUGGACCCCACGCACAUACCAAUUUGAAAAUAAGAGCCAUUUGUUCGUACCCAUACUCACAAUUUAUUUUACAGUCGUUGAAUAACCGGUUGUUUGUGUUCGUGUUUCCUUUCCAACUAUAUCGUAUAGAUGACUUAAAGUUAACCUAUGCCAUCAAUACAAACUGCACAAGGAAUGAGAUCUUCAGACUUAUAUGUUUUAGUGACAGAUUUGUGUAAUUCGUCUGACCCACUUGUGAAGACUCGGAGGCAUCUGUGAGGUUUGCACUCAUGAAAAAAAGUAGCUCAGGUGGCUAGAACGUUCAGUCCAGUUCAGUCUAUUCGAGGUUAAUUUGGUCUGCAUCUUUGAACUCCUUGUUUUUUUUGCAAGCAUCAAAAUUAUGUUAAUAAUUUUGAAAGGUGAACACCGAGCCAUUAUUGAACUAUCGCAAACUGUACAGGUAGACGAACACUCUUAAGUGUUAAUGACACUGCCAGACAUACAUGCGUAUAUGCGAUGAUUAGUGCGUAGUACAUCAGUCAUUUUAAGCAAAACCAUACUACAGAGAAUGCAGUGCGAUUUUAAUUGUCUUCAAGCACCGCUGUAAAUAUCGUUAAUUAGGAGGCGAUAAGAAACGUUCGUAGACGAGGGCUACUUAAACAUUCACAGUAACAUUGCAAACGUAAUAAAUUGCAAAUAAGGUGAACACGCGAGCUCUGGAAUAAUACGUAUAUUAGUCUGAGCUUUCGGUCUCAUACAGGAGGACGUCGUCAGAGACUGAGAACGCGGCGUCAAAUGAGCAGUUUUGUAGUCAAACAAUGACGGAGGGGGAUGAAAGGAGCAAACGCCAUGAUGAAACGCGUCUAUUACAACGGAAAGGCACAAGCCCCCCUUGACGACCAACAGUCCUACAAAUCCACGCCUUCCUCGCGAGCCAAAACGAUGGUCGGUCAACUAACCGGACUCUUGAACCGAAUCAGGCACAACAGUGCAAUAUCGCUAGACGAACGGCGACAGAUGAAACCAAAGGACACGGCACUGGCCCGCUUUUAUAAAUUACGCAAAAUCCACAAGCCAAAUGUUCCCCUUCGACCGAUCGUUGCCUUGAAAGGCAGUCCCACUUACAAUCUAGCCAAAUGAAUGGUCCGAAAACUAAACUUUCUCCGAGAAGGCUCGAAGACCUCCAGCAAUUCGACCUACCAACUCCUGCCUGACAUCCGAGGAAUAACUAUUCGACCUGAUCAGAUUAUGAUGUCCUCUGACAUGGUUUCAUUAUUUACAUCUAUCUCACCGGACCUGGCACGCGACGUUCUAUAUAAAUGACUCGAACAAAAUUACGACGAAACGAAAAGACCUUUAAAAAUCGAUCACAUACUAAAACUUUGCUUUCUGCCAACAAGCCUUUUUCACUUUUAAUGACAGAACAUACGAGCAGAUCAAAGGAACACCGAUGGGUUCGCAAAGAUCCAGGCUCGUUGCGGAACUAGUCUUACAGGAGUUGAAAAAAGUCGCCUUCGACUACUAUGAACCCGCGUUUUGGCGCCGGUACGUAGAUGAUACGUUUGUCAUAAUUGAAAGGAGCAGAGUAACAGACUUUCAAGACCUGUUUGAUGACAUCUUCCCUGACAUUCAGUUCACGAGGUAAGAAGAGCAUUUCGAACAGUUUCCUUUCCUCGACGUCCUCGGGACACGCACACCCAAUGGCGAACUCAACACCACGGCGUAUAGAAAAGAGACUAACACGACUCAGAUUCUCAACUUCUAUAGUAAGCACCCAAUGGCGCAUAAACGCAGCUGUGUAAGGGCACUCUUCCAAGGGGUAAAACGCAUUGCAGUGAACCGGAGUGAUGAGUACGAGAACUACGGCACCCUCGGGACCAACUGGCAAGGAAUGGAUACGUAAACAGUUUCUUCAGCCGCAGUCUCCGCAUGCAACCACGACGAACAAACGGAAGAGAGCCGCCAACAAUCUGGCACCCUCCACCAUAUAUAAAGAAUGUGUCCGAAGCGACGGAACGCAUCGCUGGAGAGCUCGGCGUGGGUAUCGCUCACCGUCCGACAGCGAUCAUGCGCAACAAGAUCAUGCGAGUUAAGGAUCGAAUAGACGUAGGAGAACAGUCGGAUGUCGUUUAUCAGAUCCCAGGCCGGGACUGCUCUCACCAUUACACAGGACAGACCGAACGACGGCUUAGCUCGAGAAUAACUGAGCAUAAAAGGACAGUCUGGAGAGGCGAUCCGUUUUUCCAAGUCGCCACUCACACCCCGGUGGAAGGCCAUGGAUUAAACUUUGUGAGCAAACGGAUAGUGGCGCGCGCCAGCAAUAAGACAUGGCUAGAAAUGCUGGAGGCCUCGAUGUCUGACAUCAGCUCCAUAAACAGGCACAUUGAUAUACCCCCUGCUAUCACGCGCUCCGCUCCCGCGACCAAGAGGUGAGACCCCAUUCCCAGUCAAGGGUGCACGCGGUCACGCCGCCGUGAGACGGCGUGGACUCAGCCUUGUCGCGACCACCACCACCACCCCUCCUGAACUUCUAUCCCCUCCUUCAUUGUUUGACUAUAAAAACUGCUGAGUUGACGCUGCAUUAUCACUGUCUCUGACGGUGACCUCCUAUACGAGAACGAAAGCUCAGACUAAUACACGUAUUGUCCCAGAGAUCGCGUGUCCAUCUUCUUUACAACGAGACCCUGGGAUUCGCAUAUUCGCUUCCAUCCGUAAUAAAUUGUAAAUGCAGAGCGUCAAGAUGUGGGUCAGAUAACGUUAUGGUGUGAGCUGUUAGGAGUGCAUUCCAAGCUCCAACUCCUCUGUUCAAGUACUUACCUGUGUUUAGUCUGGCCAGUCACAUACAGUUUGAUUGUCCUCGCAGAUUCGUUGUGAUUGCUAACUUGAAGUCCCCAGGUACAAGACAGCUAUCCUGACCGUGCAUGAUGCAGAAUGCUCGUAUCUGCCCGUAACUCAAUGGAAAACGAAACGAUCUUGGAUAAUUGUGUUCCAUAGAGCUGCGAGACCCGUCCAGUUUCAAGUUUGCUUGCGUACCACUGAAAGUUCCCAAAGCAAUAAGGUCCUUGGCAGUCCAAGAUUUCUCGGUUAAGAUGACGGACUACAGUUCGAAAUACUUAAGCGAAACCGUCUUCAUCGAAGCUUGAGAAAUUCGGCUUAGCAAGACUCAGGACUGACAUAAUUGAAUUGGUUACCGUUGCGCUGUGCGAUAAUGGUUUAAGUGAAGUCCUUAUCACCACAGCCAAGUUUUUCCGUGCGUCCACUUCUUGCAAUGGCAUGUUAUUUAGACAGAAAAUCUUGCAUUUCUGGAAUCUACUUCCGUUGAAUCGUACGAUGUUGGAUCUUUGUUCAAAGUAAAAGAGAAAAAACUGUCAUUAAACUGUUGCCCGAGUCGUUUUAGGCUUACCUGCAGGCGCUCCUCGUCAGCUUCAGUUCGUGCAACACUCCAAAUCCUGAUCUCAUCAGCAACCAUGGGGACAGAACAGGCCAGCUCAUUGACGCAGUCGUUGACUUACACAAUGAACCGGACAGGACCAAGUAUUGAGCUUUAGGGGACAGCGCUCGCAACCACAACCUCAACCGGCUGCUUGUUACCCACAUAGACCAUUUAAUAGAGGUCAAUUAAGGAGCUUGUCCCCGACGCCUGUUCGGCUAAGUUUGUACAGAAGCCGCUGAUGGAGUGCACUAACAAAGGCCUCCGUAAAGUUGAUACAGACUGCAUGCACCGCAUUCCUUCCAUCAAGUGCCCGAGUCUAGUGUUCUAAACAGCAAAGAAAGUUUCUCAAGCAAGACGCACUUUUAUGAAAUCCAUGCUGGGCAUCAGAUAGUACAUUUUGUCGCUCUAAAAACGCAGUAGCUCUCGCGUAGUUAUUUUUUUAUGAUUUUUCAGAGAACCGAAAUGAGGCCCACUGGUCUGUAUACAUUUGUGGUGACCUUGCUCCCACCUUUACGCAGUGAGUUGUGCAGACUUCCAAUGGGCGGACAAACAGUCGAUUUCGAACGAGGCUGUAAAAUGCGUGGCGAGUUGUUCGGCUACUUUAUCAGCAAGUUUCCUCAGUAAUUGGGACGUUAUGUCAUUUGAACACGGUGAUUUUUACUCAUUCGGCGCCAAAAGCCCUUUACUAUCAGUUGUUUCUGUAAAAUAUGCAGUCUCAAUCUUAGGGAACUCCGCAAGUCGCAGUCGCGUAGAGUGAAUUCGCUUUUCCCCGCAAAUAUGAACCCAAGAAAAUUCAAAAGAUACAAUGCUUUUGCCAGUCUUUACUAACGCCUAGAUCUUCACUAGCCUUCAGUCGGGACAUGGGAUCUCUGCCUCAUGUACCCCUGACGUGGCAGUGGCCAACCUUGGAUUUUUAACGGCACGUUUCAGCCGAUUUCUUUCGAACUCAUGCCGUGUUCUGAGGACAAGUCCCUUGACUAGGUUCCUCUGCGCCUUGUAUGCAUUUAUCGGCACAGGGUUCUUAUCCACUCCGUAUUUGUUCACGUCCCUCUUGAAGGCCUGUGCCAGUCACUUGGAUUUACUUUUCAGUCUCUUCCGUGAAAUCGGGCGGUGGUUUCGGGGUCGAAUACGAUGAAUCACUGAUCAAUUCCCAACCCUCGGCUGUUGUCGGAAAAGCUGAUUCCCAUGUCAUGUUGUUUAUCUCGGCCGUCAUUUGACUAAAGUCACCGUGCCAUAUGCUUCUGAUGAGUCUGAUGGGCCAUUCGGGUACCGAAAAAUGUAAUAUUCCGAGAACUGGGCGACAUGACUGUUUCGACCUGUGAAAGGUAGACAUUAAAGCUCAUCAGUUCUGUCCAGUGAACUCUUGAGCACCAACUGCAGACAGUUUGACUGUUACCCUCAAGCACCAUUGUCCGGAACAAGACGUACUGAGUCAGAAAUAUCCUAAAUGUCAUGUUUAAUAAACGUCGGUCAGAUACUAGUUCUAGACCAAAUGCAUAAACUGGACUCCAGCCAAUAUGCGAGGCAUUCAAAUCUCUCAUGAGCAGGACGUCAGGUCGACUAGAGAAUCUUUUUAGCUCCUUUAUCAAACGAGUGUUAGCCUCGGGCUUACUUCUCGGUGUUCGACAGCCUGUCCCGGACCUCAAUGCUUUGAUGUCAUGGUACCUUUAUAGCGAGUCAAAUAGCCUCAGUGUCGCAUACGAACCUAUCUGUUUUUUCUGACACAAGCAGUCCGGGUUAUACGUACAUGAGCACUCCUCCCCCUGGCAUUCUCUCUUAUCUCUUCAAAAUAAGUGAAAUUCGGUUGGUGACAAUUCUCGGUCAUCUACAUUGUCACACAGUCAUGUAUCUGUCAAAGACAUAACGUCUGGGGAGACGUCGUAGAUGCGGACUGCCAGUUUCUGGAAAUGACUCAUUAUGCCCAGUAUUUUGGUGUACACAGUUUCGAGUUUCAUAUUUUUGCAGUGUUUUCGUACAGCGCAGGUUGAACCUUCAUUUGAUGAAUAAGGUGGGCCUUCAUUCGAAGUGAUUCGGCCAGCAGAAUGCUAGAAGGCACUGCAUUAUCUAUAUGUCCUGUAUAAUCAAAUUCUUAUCUCCACUAUACAGCCGCAUUUGCAGUUCCAAAACUAACUGUCGCUGUUCCAUUCUCUGUAAGGCUGUGUAUUUCGGCUGACAAAGGCGCCGCGGUUGGCAUAUUUCACAAUGGAGCAUCGGGAAAUAAUAAUUCUGUCUUUUCCCGGGUAGCCAGCACUACUUGGAAGAGUUUGGGGCGUAGACAGUCUAGGAUGCCGAAGACGAGAAACGAUCGCCAGGACAAGAGCUUUAUUCGCCUGGCCUUUCGGAUUCCUGCUCAAACCCAUCAUCAGAGACAAUAGCAGAUACGUCCAAGCGCCUGUCGAGUCGACAGACUGAGCACCGCAACUUCCUCAGUUGGCUGCAUAGGUUCGAUAAGGAGACCUUGGAAAAGCCCUGAGUCUACCGAGACUCCUUCUUUGGGAAGUCCCUGAAUCAUCAGGAAUUGCCCUCUGUUCGACGAACCUCUCCUAUUGUAAGCAGAUCGCGCCUGGAGAAAGUUAACAUGUGGUCGUCACGAACUGACAAUGACACCUCUCAUUUUGCUCUACUUAGUUUCCGUUAUGCUUGUCUCUUGACACAGAGGUAACUAGUUCGCUCUCCUCGACGCUGGCGUUCUCUGGAAAAGACCUAUUCCUGUAACUGCAGUUGCUUAAACGGAUGUUAUUUUCAUUUUCAUAGGAAAUGUGAUGUUGUAGAAAAUUAGGCUUAUUUUGGAUUGUGGGCUUUGACAACUGCCCGGUUAAUAGCGUCACGGAGGUAGUACUGAAAGCACUUUGUUUAUUUAUUUGCUUGGACAGCCUUUUUUAUGGACUCCUACGACUAGCAGCAGAUUCUGUGGCUGGUCGUGAUUUAAGCAUGGACUGAGUUUUUUUCGGCUGUGGUAGGCCAGGACUCCCAGCACUCGGCAUCCUACUUUAGGGCCUCCACUGCGAUGCUACAGAACCCUCAUCUUCUUUUCUUUGGCGUCGGGUUUUCCUUCCUCCUUUUGUAGAUUAAGCGCAGAAUAGGUUAAUAUUUUCAGAUUGUUCACUUCGCUUUCAUAUCUAGAACCUUCAGCUCUACUUUAGCCCCGUACAUCACGUCUCUGAAGCCUUUGAGUUACAUACCCGCUUGGUGGGAGAAGAUCGGAUGACAAAAGGCCUAUCCUUGAAAUACAUCUGACGACUAGAUGCACUUAUCUGGGUAGUAUGUUUGUCCACUGCUACGCUCUCGCAUAUUCUGAUGGUCGACUUAUUCGUUUGGGGGUCGUGUUACAGGGUUCGAAUCCCAACCACCUACUCCUUUCUACCGAUUGUUCUCCAAGUCCGAUAUUCAUGUUUAUAUGGGAUGUCUGAGGAAUGUUUACAUAAAGGCUCUAGCGAAUCGAUUCAAAACCACCAAAUACAUGAAGAAAAUUUCAAAACGAGUCCGUUGUUAUCGAUAUUGUGAGGCUAGACAAAUAUGUUGGUUUAAAAUGGUCCUGCAACUAUCUCGGUGUGAAUGUCUCAAAAGAAAGGUACUGUUUGCGUGCGACUAUAGGUGUGGAGGGUGAAAAUCCGCGGAAAUCGAGGAUUCUAAACUAAAUUCGAAACACGCGCGUGUUGGCUGUACACAGGCCUUGCAGUUGCUGUAAAGUGUAUGAUCACCACCGAGGCCGCUGUUUUUUACGUUGGGUCAGAUUAAUCUUCAGGUGUUUUACAUAAAGACAACCAAGACAGCGGUUCAAUUCUCAACACUCCAGUAACUUCUUUAUUAGACGUGAAAUCACAAUUAAUGGUCAGAUUGGCGCCCUUUCUUAAUCUUAGUCAUGUGGCAUAUCUCGACCUGAGUUUCUGUUCAGGAAGAUAAAGGUAUAAUAUAAUCCCUAGAAUUACUGACCGUGACGCAUAUAUUGAAGAGGUCGUGUGUAGGUGUGGAAAAUAGCCCCAGGGCUUUAUCUCUUCCCAGUGCGGAUAUUUCAUUGACUGUCCAAACUGCCCGUGUUUUUCAAUCUCUUUUAAAUGAUAUUUAUUUCACAAUUAGGUCUUAAGAGACUUUAUUCGAACGUUCGCUUAUUGUUGAACCGGACGCUGUCAAUAAUAGCUAUCAAUGUAAAGUGUGGCCUUGAUCGAGACGAAAAUAUGCUUGAUACAUUCUUUUACUUUGCAUGAAUUUCAAUCUGUCCCAUUUUCCUAUCAAUUUGCUUUUGUUUCCAGACAGCCAUUCAAUAUAUGACUUUGAUUGAUGCCGUCAAAUGGACAGUAAUUACGGGGUAACGCAAAGGACCGACUCAUAUUUAUCAUUAUUCUCUAGAAUAUCUGGGUACUAUUACAAGGCGCUCAGUGUUCUUCAGCCAUCAUAAGACAACGAAAACAAAUCCCACAGUAAAAUGCUAACAACAUCAUAAAAGUAUAUUUUCUAAUGUCACAGCAAUUCGUGAUAACAGCAACAUCACUGCUAGCUUUGAGCAAAAAAGCAAUUAUCAGUUUCAGACGAAACAUAUAAUAGAGAAAAUGAGUACGGUCGAAUAUGUUUUCUGAUACCUAAAUUUGCCCUGCUCUAUAAAAUUAGUUACCUAAAUUAAGAGUAGGAAUUAUACCGCCAUACUUAGGUCAUAGUUUCACAACCAAUAGCUAUAUUUUCGAAAUUAACUACAUGAUUUCUAAUGAUUAUAAGUGAGUGGCAGUUUACAAACCCUUUGUAGCAUUGUGAAACUUUUGACUUCGUUUAUAUUCUGUGACAAGCUUUAGGCAACGAACACCAGCCUGUUGAAUCGCUGGACUUUUACCGCGUCAAAAUUGGAGAUUUUGGUUUCAGUAAAAUUAUGGACAGCCGAAAUCAACACUUGUCAACAUUUUGCGGAUCACCACCCUAUGCAGCCCCUGAAUUAUUUUCGUCUACAUCGUAAGUAACCAUUCAUCACAGUAAUUUACUCUUGCAUUUUCAAUCUGAGUGACUAAUCCUUCUCAGUUAAAUCUUCGUCCGACAGCACUAUUUUUCUUUUAAUUACAAGUUCAUGAGCAUUAAGUAUUUGGCUUUUGUUCAGUUAGUCGUUCCGUUGCAUCGAAAAUAAUAAGAAACAUCAGUACAAGAUUGGUAGCUUGCCAUUGCAUUAUUGGGGGACAAAAACUCAAUUUUACUAUGCUAAUAUGGGCGAAACUGCAUCACCGACAAGAACAAGGGGGACUGAAUUGGCCAUUUCUGACAUAUUAGCCGUCGUCAGACAAUCACACCCAACCCCGAAAUGUGGAACGCCCGGGGGUUGAUCCCGCGACCUGUUGGUUAGAAGUUCAACAUUCUUAACCACUGAGCCACGGGCUCGUUAUCCUGUCCGUUUUCAUCGGGCAUAUACAGUGGUGGAAGGGCGCUCACCGAUCCCGCUACGGGACUCACUCCUUCCGUUGUGCUUUGGUUAGGAGCGUUGGACUGCCAACCGACAGGUCGCGGGAUCAACCCCCGGGUGUUCCACGUUUCGGGGUUGGGUGUGAUUGUCCGACGACGGCUACUAAUUCAGAAAUGGCCAUUCCAGUCUUUUUUGUCCUUGCCGGUAAUGUUAUGCUGCCCAUAUCAUGCGCCCCUGUGCGGCAGCUGGCGGAGCUCGAGAGAGAGCUGCAAGGCACAACAAGAGGAUUGAGUCUCAUAGCCCGAUCAACGAGCGCCCUUCUACCACUAUGCUACUAACCAUCUCACAAAACAAAAAUAUGCUUAGUGUGGAAAUACUAGCAUUUCCGUGCACUGAAAGUGAUUUAUUGUAUGAACUGUCUACUUCGCAAAAUAAAUUUAGCUAUUUUUAGUCAACGCCCUAUAUGGUUUAUUUGAAAUUUCUUCCUGUGUUUUUCUUUGUAAGGUGUACCUUACCAUUCUAACAUCAUCAACGCACCCAAACACGGUAUUUCAGAACUAAACACCCCAUAGAAACUGUCUACGCGAAUUAACAAAGUAGGAAAUAACAGUUAAUAGUCAGGAUGCAAUGCGCUACAUUCAUGGAAGUCAUUAUCAGAACCGCAUUUACUUGUUAAAUCGUGUAAUCUGGAAGAAAGCCGGAUUGUUUAAACUGAGGAUUAGCACGACUCCUAGAUAAUUGGUUACUUUGAGUUUUAAGGGCCAUCUGUAAAAUAAACGGCGGAAGCGCGGAAAUAUUUUUAAAAAGCCUUAAAUCUUUCAGAUCUGUUAACUAUCUAAGUGCAUAUAAAAGUCUAUGCAGUUUUUAGCGUUUCUGACUGAGCAAAAAUGCUUCUAAGGUAGGCCCAGAUGUUUUUGCAAUAUUCACUUUCUAAUUGCUCAGCUUAAAAGUCCAAAGUGAAACAUUGGACAUUAUCAUUCAAAUUUUGUGUUUUUUGUAUAUCUUCCACCUUUUGGAAGAUACCUUGAAUAACCUCACGGCGUGUAUUUUAGGAGCAUAUAUACGGCGUAAUGUUCCUGGACUGACGUUUUUGUUGUAAUGGCUCUUCACAAUUUUGGCAGUUUUUAAAGUUGGCGAUUCCGUCAUUUAUUCAACAAAAUUGGUCUAAAAAAUAACAUCCUACUUAGAUAAAUAUUUAUAUUGUAAUAAAUAAUAAGAUCUAUAAUGUUGUUUGCCUUAUGCUUACAUUUUAUCUACAAUUUUUUAUGCCCAUAGUUUUCAUUUACAAAAUUAAUGUCAAAUACGAAAGCUAAUGUGACCCAUUAAUUUUGUCCAAAAGGGUAAAUAAACAUGACUGAAAUCUGCCUCUUUCAUAUCACUAAUACGAUGCCUUGACUGCUCGUGGCAAAUUUAUUGUUCUCACGCCACUCCUUUGUAUGAAACUUUAUAUGCGAUUCAUGCCUAGCAGCGCGCUAACGAAUUCUAUUUUACUUUCAGUUAUCUCGGACCUCCAGUCGACAUAUGGGCGUUAGGGGUUCUUCUUUUUUACCUUCUAGUAGGCUUUCUACCCUUUCGAGGUCGAACUGUCGGCCAACUGCGUAAGUCUAUUCUAGAAUGUCAACAGGUGAAGAUCCCACAGCGUAUUUCCGAGUCGGCGAGCAGCCUAAUAAGAGAACUUCUUUGCAAAAAUCCGCUGAAUCGCCCCAAGGCUGCUAAGAUCAUUAGCCACGCUACACAUCCCUCAUCAUCACUUCGACCAGCGUCUGUGAGUGGGGUGCAACCUGGUGUUAAAUCGCAUACCAUAGACUCGGAGUCCUGGUUGGCUGGACAAGUUUUCCCAAAGGCCUACCCAUGUUUUCGGAUAAGUCCAAAUGUGCGUUAAACACCUUGUCCUUGCACGCAUUAUUCACGGCACAGUAAAAAAGCUACUGUUUCUUUGCUAAAAGCCCAUAAGGAUGUUUACGGAGUAGCCUUAAAAUCGCACCCUUUGCUCGCUAAUCAGACGAAUAUCUCUGAAAAAUGCAUGAACCACCCACAUUAUUCUUCUCAUUAAAGUUAAAAACCGGAAAUAUUUGACUUAAGUCUAGUUAAUACUGUGAAAGGAAGAAACUGUUCUCUAUGGUCAAGUCCAACAAUAAAUAUGUUUUUUAACUUAUUGAUAGGAAAAGAGUGAAAGCUUUUCGUAGAAAUAAGGUUCCUUGCCCGUUUGUAUUUCCCAUACUACGAUGCCUCUUUAGCAAGUUUUAAUUCAUUUUCAUCCGCAUAGCUCCGUCAUAAGGCUACCCAUAAUGAAAAGUCGUCUAUGUAACGUUUUAACAUGUCUGAUUUUGCCCAAACUGAUUAAAAAUAGGACGUUAUCUGUUGAAGGCAUCUGAAUUUAAGCAAAAUUCGUUUGGGCAUUAUUUAAAUCGGUUACAUAUGUCGCGGCAAUACACUGAGAGGCGGUAGUUGGGAAUUAAAAGCCGCUGUGUUGCUUCUUGUUUGAAUGCAAAGGAGUUCAGUUUUAGGAUUAUGUAUGUAUAGUUUGGGGCUUAUGUCUUGCUCAUCGGUUAUGGUGACUAUUUAAAAAAGAACGUAAUCAUAAAAGAUCGCCGCAAAAUAUUGAAAAUAUACCAGCGCAGUGUAAAGUGACCUCCCGGAGGAAAAUACUUCAUUGCAAAUUCUCUCGUAAACAUGGCCUAAUAAGAUGUAAACCACAUGGUAGUCCUUCGCUUGAAAGCUGCCCACAGUGCUGAAAGCAAAUCACUAGCAACAAAUUACUAAUAUGAUUACCAAAACACAGUGUUUUGUCCUAAUUAUCAGUGCUGCAAGAGUGUUGACAUGUUGAAAGCGUUCCUAAAAUCGGUGUAUUUUAUUUUAAUCUGUGAUCCUCACGGAAGGGGACUGAGGUAGAAAAUAAAACAAGACAUUUUGAAAAUCUCGUUGUGGCUCCAUUGAUAUCUUGUCCAUUCUCAAAUGAUCGCAUGAACUGCUGUAUAUUGGCAACUGUGACAGCAAUCAUCUUGCGAAGAUACCCGUCCAUGUAUGCAUCCAUUCUCGUUCCCCUUGAUCAGGACUGCAAGUCCGACUUAAAUCUGACUGACUCUCUUUCAGGCACCCUUGGCGCUUAAAACUCCGUUCCAACUGUCAACCAGUUGUGUGAAUGAUCACAACAAACAUUUUCACAUGCCCGCUACACUAUUAAAGUGCGUGACCUAUCUCAUGAAAUGUUGGCUGAAAUGCUAAAAUGCGUUUUCGAUUAGGAAGGAUUACUUGGUCGCGGUUAUGAUACUGAUUAUCUUAAGGCAUACUCUUAUAACAUUUCGGGCUCGGCAGGAUGUCGGCUUUUAAAUGCACUUCUUUACAAUCUCCUGUAGAAAGCGUGCUCGGUAAAAAAUGACUACUUAAGUAGCAUGCAUUUUUCCCAUCGAUUUUUGAUGGUCUUGGAUAUUCAAAUAUAUUUUAUAGAAACCGCAAACAAAAAUAUGCUUUCUUUUAGUCAAUCAAUAGAGAAUCACGUCUUCUUUAUAUUUUAUACUUAAGGAAGGAGUAUAAUUAGGUGUUAAAAAAGUUUUCUAAUUGCCGAAAAAUUUGGAGCCUGAUUAUUCGUUGCAUUAGCGCUUAGUGAUUACACUCUACAAGGUGCAUGCUUUCCGCGUAAAGAAAAUCCCAUAUUUUUCUAUGUCAUUAAAGAGAUAUCAUACAGGGUCCAUAAAGUUUUGCAGUGGAUGCGGACCAUGUUGUACAUUUCAUGAGGAGCAGUGGUAAACGGCCAGGUACGAUGCUAUGUGAAUGGACAUAUCGCGGUCUUAAAAAGUCUCAUAAUUAGAAACUUUUUUAAAACCUAAUUAUACUCCUUUCUUAAAUAUAAAAUAUAAAGAAGACGUGAUUCUCUAUUGAUUGACUAAAAGAAAGCACAUUUUUGUUUGUGGUUUCUAUAAGAUAUACUCGAAUUUUCAAAACCAUCCAAAAUCAAUGGGAAAAUGCAUGCUAAUUAAGUAGUCAUUUUUUACCGAGCACGCUUUCUACAUGAGAUUGCUAAGAAGUGCAUUUAAGAGCCGACAUCCUGCCGAGGCCGAAAUGUUAUAAGAGUAUGCCUUAAGAUAAUCAGUAUCACAACCGCGACCAAGUAAUCCUUCCUAAUCGAAAACGCAUUUCAGAAUUCCAGCCGACACUUCAUGAGAUAGGUCACGCACUGUAGAUUUUUAGAUGCAAUAAACCGUAAAAUGAUGAAUAGCAUUUUCACACUUGCUUCAAAGUGACUCCUUAUUCGAAAGUUGCAAUUUAAUUAUUACUCAUUUUUCGGCCUUUCCAAUGCACUCUAAGCCCGGCGCCUGACUUUAAGCAUACUUUUUAAUGUCCGCUAAGUAACACUGGAUGUCCAUAGCAUAAACAUGCAAAUUAUGUCUUCUCAUUCCAGUGCGAUUUUCAAAGGCCCCAAGGCCGCUAUCCCAUGCCAACCAGAACUAGCGAUAGCGCCUCACGUUUGUCACUAACAAUCCUGGACACCAAAAGUCCGUCUGCCGAUAUCGAAGCUCUUGACAAAACUACAAACCGGCUGUCGGUGCCCAGUCGCGAUGAUAUUUUUGACGACGGGCGGGGAAGUGACGUUAGUGCGAGAAGUAGCCUCCUGCCAGACGCAAUCGUAUAUCAUUCAGAGGCUGAAGCUGCUCGUCUGCUUCUACAUAUGGGGAUUUCACCAGAGCAGAUGGAUGUUGCACGAUGUCUAGAAGCCCGAAGUUCCAUCACUGGAGCCUAUCGCAUUCUUCUUCAUAGGCUUCAUAGGUAAGAUUUAACCAAAAAAUGCAGUCUUCUAGUUAGUCGGCUCGGCACGCGCAGUGUGAAGGUAUUUUUCUGCAACAUUAAUAAGCAGAUGUCGGAAUUCUAUACGCCGCGCAAUAAUUUCCCCUAGUUAUCUUUUCUCUACGGAUUACGAUUUCAUAUAUUCCAGACGAUCCUAAUAAACUUUUUUAGAUCUGCGAACAAAGGUUUUAUGAAACCACGCUCCCCGCUUUAAAUUUAGUGAACCACCAACUUUGACUUAGCGCUUUCUGCUUGCGUAAAUUGAUUUUGCUCAUUUUUAAAUAUCUGUCGCCAAAAAGACGAAUGCCUGAACUUAUAAUUCUCUUAGAAAUUACGGAAAGAGAAUAUGUGCUUUUUACGUGCCACUCUUACUUAAAGGCAAAACGAAAUUUUUACGCAAAGGAAGUGUUUAAAUAUUUGGAGACUAUUUACUUACAGACGAUUUUUUGAAAUUUGUCACUUUUUACAACUGUUUAAAGCGGAGAAAGUUUGAAGAUUUCAUUGGAAAAACUGACAAAUUAAAUCAUGACUGUUGUUCACUUGCUGGUGUUUUUUUACGUAUAGAGUAGAAUAGCAGAAUCACUAUCGUACGUGACAAUGCGAUUUAUCAUUCAUCAUGGCUUUGGUAUCAGACAGUGCUGAAUAAAAAGAACUAAGUGAAAAUUGUUUGCUGUUCUUAGUAUCUAUGGCGAACGUGUUAAAAUUAAUAGCCUACGCAAUAGCCGAAAGAUGGUCGGUUUAGCUGCAAAACCGUUUACAGACUGAGACCUUAAAUUGGAACACAAAAUAAACAACAGGCUAUAAAUAGAGAAAACAUAAUGGUUUUAAAAUUUUUACAUAUAUUAACUGAAAAAAUGGAAGUCGUCUAAAGGAAAAAACGAUUCAUAAAAAAUACAUAUGACAAGUAAAAACUUAAAGACAAAUUUUUAUGUUUCAAGACGAAGCAUUGAGCAUGAAAGGAAAUAAUGAGGAGUAGAAAUAAUGAAGAGAACGAAUGUACGGAUAGCUACCCCUGUGUUAAACACCAGGAAGUCUGAUAAACUGCGUAACCGUCGAGGUUGUCAAAAAAUGUUUGUGAACUGAAAGUACUCAGCUCAUAUUAUAAUUUCCCUAAGGUGAAAAGAUAUCUUUUGGUCUACCUUAUCCGCGUUCGAUUGGAGUAGAGUUAAGGCCGUUCUUGGGGAAAAGACUGCCCCGUAACCUCAUGUUCACAGACCAGUUACCCUCGUUAGAAGAGAAAUUUAACAGCAGACGGAAUGCUUUCUAGCGGACAUGUGCAUUAUUCUGUCAAACUACUUUGAUGUAGAUCGUUAAACCCGAUGCAGUUUUUCAUAAUUUAGAUGGAUCCUUUUUAUAGCCAUCCAAAGUAUUUAAAAUCGGCAAUUUUUAUAGGUCAUCCUUCAAAUAUUGCUCUCCUGCAGAAAUACUUCCCGUAAACGACCACCUGAGAGAUAAUAGCAAGAGGAACCGUGUUUUCCAGGGGACGGCCGGUGAUAAACAUAUCCCUGAGCAAAGAAACCGUCCUUUAGUAGUUUAUUCUAAGAACAUUGUUUUAACUCAUGCACCACAGCUAGGUUGAUUUCUCCAAUGUCUUGUACUUGGAGUAGCAAAAGCGAUGGACUUAGUCCUAGUAGGCCGCAAAAACUAUUUUGACCAGAAAUCACAGAAUAACUUUUAUACGCACUUUAGACUACGAAGGCUCAGCAAUUUAGUUGUAUCUGGUCAGGAAAAAUCAACACCCAGUGAAUUUGUAAACAAAUCUGUUAUCAAUACCGGUGCCGGAAAUACAACCUUUAACGAGUCCCUUAUUGAGACUGCAGGACAACAGGACACCACGUUGGAGAGGGAAUACAACCAACUUGAAUGGAGACAACGUCGGGUCUGUUCACUAUUAUAG